AUGACUCUUCCCAUCGGCUUCCCGCCAUCGACCACAGAUCCAAAGAAUAUUGUCAGGAGAAAGUUGACUGGCUACGUUGGUUUCGCCAAUCUGCCGAACCAAUGGCAUCGAAAGAGUGUCCGUAAAGGCUUCAACUUCAAUGUUAUGGUUGUUGGUGAAUCCGGUCUCGGAAAGUCUACUCUCGUAAAUACCCUCUUCAACACAUCUCUCUAUCCUCCAAAGGAGCGCAAGGGACCAUCUUUGGAGAUCAUCCCCAAGACUGUUUCCAUUCAGUCCAUUUCUGCGGAUAUUGAGGAAAACGGUGUCAGACUUCGCCUUACCGUUGUCGACACUCCCGGGUUUGGAGACUUCGUUAACAAUGAUGAGUCCUGGCGCCCAAUCAUCGACAACAUCGAGCAACGUUUCGACGCGUACCUUGAUGCUGAAAACAAGGUCAACCGUAUCAAUAUUGUUGAUAACAGAAUCCACGCGUGUGUCUACUUCAUCCAGCCAACUGGCCACUCCUUGAAGCCAUUGGAUAUCGAAGUUAUGCGCCGAUUGCAUACCAAGGUCAACCUCAUUCCCGUCAUUGCCAAGGCGGACACCCUCACCGAUGAGGAAGUCGCCCUUUUCAAGAAGAGGAUCUUGGCCGACAUCCAACACCACUCCAUCCAGAUCUUUGAAGGGCCCCGCUACGAACUUGAUGACGACGAGACCAUUGCCGAAAACAAUGAGAUCAUGUCCAAGGUCCCCUUCGCGGUUGUCGGAGCCAACACAGAAGUGACUGAUAACAAUGGUCGCCUGGUUCGUGGCAGACGCUACCCGUGGGGUGUCAUCGAGGUCGAUAACGAAGAGCACUGCGACUUCGUUAAGCUUCGACAAAUGCUUAUCCGCACCCACAUGGAGGAAUUGAAGGAGCAUACCGCCAACACCCUCUACGAGAACUACAGAAGCGAGAAGCUCGAGACUAUGGGUGUCAUCCAAGACCCGAGCGUUUUCAAGGAGGUCAACCCCGCUGUCAAGCAAGAAGAGGAAAGAGCUCUUCACGAGGCCAAGCUCGCCAAGAUGGAGGCCGAGAUGAAGAUGGUUUUCAGCCAGAAGGUCGCCGAAAAGGAGAGCAAGUUGAUGCAAAGCGAAGAAGAAUUAUACGCCCGACAUCGCGAGAUGAAGGAGCAAUUGGAAAAGCAGAGACUCGACCUCGAGGACAAAAAGAGCAGAGUCGAAAGCGGACGACCUCUCGAAGAGAAGGGCAAAAGAAAGGGUUUCUCGCUACGAAACUAG